CUGUCGGUUUUGUUUGGUUUAUAUAUUCCCUAGCCUUCACAGUGUUUGGUUUGGAUUGGCCUCUUUGUGUUUUGAAGAUUUAUGUUGAUUUGGCGAUUUGGACUGAUAAAAGGCGGGGCAGAUCGUGGACCUGGGUGAAGAGGUAUGCCUUGUCCCCAAAAAGACACUUGUGAGGUGGCGCCACAGUAACACCUGACAGAAGAUGCGACGUGGUUGGUGGGUCUUCAGAUGGCUGGGGACAGGGAUCGGCCUCCUCACAUUAAUCACCUACAGCUGCUCACAAGAAAACACAGAAGACUGGCAGUACGAGGAAUGCAAGUUGUCCAGGACGGGUCCACCUGCCACCAUUGUAGCCAUAAAUGAAGAAAGCCCCAACGGGACCGUGCUGGUUGAAAAUAUGCAGAUCAAUGGAAGAGCUGAAGACCCAGGCAGAACCAUUUCCUUAUCGCUGCAAAACAACUACGACUACUGGGUGAUCCUGGACGCCAAAAGACAGAUUCUGUUCCUGAACAGCACCGGCCGAGUUCUGGACCGAGACCCCCCCUUGUCCAUCCAGUCCAUCGUGGUGCAGGUCCAGUGCACCAACGAGCUGGUGGGCACGGUGAUCCUGCAUGAGGUGCGCAUCGUGGUGCGGGACCUCAACGACAACACCCCGCAGUUCCAGAGGCCGCCCUACUACGUCGCCGUGAACGAGCUCACCCCGACCGGGACCACCAUCUUCACCGGCUUUUCUGGAAGCAACGGAGCGACGGACAUCGACGACGGACCCAACGGCCAGAUCGAGUACUCCAUUCAGUACAACCCCAACGACCCGAGUUCGAACAGGACGUUCAGCAUCCCGCUGACCCUGUCCGGCGGGGUCGUCCUGAGGGAGCGCCUCAACUACGAGGAGCGGACCCGCUACCUGGUCAUCAUCCAGGCCAAUGACCGCGCCCAGUACUCUGGCAACCGAAGGACCGCCACGACAACCCUCACGGUGGACGUGCUGGACGGAGACGACCUGGGACCCAUGUUCCUGCCCUGCACCCUGGUCAACAACACCCGCGACUGCAGCCCCAUCACCUACAGGGCGGCCAUACCUGAGCUCACUGCCCUAAACAGAAUUAACCCGGUCAACGUCACCCCCACCAUUCGGGCGAUCGAUCAGGACCGGAACAUCCAGCCCCCGUCCGACCGGCCCGGCAUCCUGUUCACCAUCCUCGUCGGCAAGCCGGAGAACUACGCCGAAUUCUUCACCCUCAACAGGACCACCGCUGAGCUGAGACUCCUGAAGCCCCUCAGCCGGGACCUCUACCACACCUUCGACUUGGUGGUCAAGGCGGAGCAGGAUAAUGGCCACCCCCUCCCUGCCUUCGCUAGUUUGCACAUCGAGGUGCUGGAUGAGAAUAACCAGGCCCCGUACUUCCAGGUGUCCACGUACCAGGGCUUCGUCAUCGAAUCCGCGCCUGUGGGCACCACCAUCUCCAGCAAUGCCAACCUCACCGACCCCCUGGGCAUCAUCGCUUUGGACAAUGACAUUGAGGAGACAAAAGAUCCCAUGGUGAGAAUAUCUUUGGACAACUUCAUCACCAUCUUCAAAGUGACGCCGUCUGGGAUAACCCGCUACCUGACCCUGGGGACGGGACCAUCGGCAGACCACAACUCAGAGCCUAUGUCUCUCUCCAAGAUGGUGGCCUCGGACGGAGUACAGGAGAGCACUCCCGUGACGGUCAACAUACUGGUGUUGGACGCCAACGACAACACGCCAAGCUUCUCCAACGUCUCCUACAGCGUCAACGUGUACACCAACAUGCAGCCCGGGGAGCCAGUACUACAGCUGACGGCCCUGGACGCAGACGAGGGCGCCAACGGCAGGAUCACCUACGAGAUCCUGGCGGGAGGCCAGGGAGACUUCGCCAUCGACAGCCGCACGGGCCUGAUCACGGUGGCGGUGGGCGUCAGCCUGGUGGUGGGCCGAUCCUACGCCCUGACGGUGAGGGCGGCAGACGGCGCGCCCGCGGCCCAGAGAAGGAGCUCCAUCACCACCGUGUACAUCGAGGUCCUCCCGCCCAACAACCAGAGCCCGCCGCGCUUCCCGCUCAUCAUGUACAGCCUGGAGAUCAGCGAGGCCAUGAGGACGGGAGCCAUCCUGCUCAACCUGCAGGCAACAGACCGAGAAGGCGAUCCCAUCACGUACAGCAUCCUAAACGGUGACGCUCAGAAUGUCUUCAACCUCUCUAAAACUUCUGGACUUUUGAUCCUUGGCAAGCCAUUGGACAGGGAGAUCCUGGACCACUACACCCUGAUCGUCACUGCUUCCGAUGGGCACCCUGGAGGGACCUCAACAACCACUGUGAACAUUGUGGUCACUGAUGUCAAUGACAAUGACCCUACGUUUGACCCCCUCCUGCCGACGAACUUCACCGUCCAAGAGGAGGAAGCAAAUGUGUUUGUGGGUCAAGUGAAGGCGUUUGACCCGGAUGCAGGGGCUAACGGACAGGUCCGCUACAGGCUGGGGAACCACCUGGGCCUCUUCCGGAUCACCUCCAACGGGAGCAUCUUCACCGCGGCGCCCCUGGACCGCGAGGCCCGGGCUCAGUACGACCUGAUCGUGGAGGCCUCGGACGGGGCGGUGGACCCCCGCCGCGCCACCAUCGCGCUGUCCGUCAAGGUGCUGGACAUCGACGACAACAGCCCCGUCUUCUCCCAGGCCUCCUACACCGUCAACCUGCCCGAGAACAGCCCGGCGGGGACGGUCUUCCUGCAGCUCAGCGCCGUAGAUGCAGACCUCAACUCCAACGUCACGUACCGAAUCAGAACGGAGGAAGCCCGUCAGCUGUUCUCCAUCCACCCAAUCACGGGGCGGCUCUCCGUGCUCCAGCCGCUGGAUUUCGAGGUCCUGGCCGCCGCGGGCGCCACCUACACCUUCGUGGUGGAGGCGCUGGACAGCGGCGGGAGGAUGCCCCCGGGGAUGGCCACGGUCACGGUCAAGAUUACGGAUAUGAACGAUUUCUCUCCAGUGUUCAGCCAGCCGCUGUACCGGGGGAUGGUGGCUCCGAACGCUGAGAAGGGGACCAUCAUCACCACUGUGUUCGCCGAGGAUCAGGACCCCCCAGGCACGGCUGCCAGUCGUGUGCGCUACAGGGUGGACCUGGACCAGUUUCCCUACAGUGGCAGCAUUUUCGACGUGGAGGCAGAUUCCGGAAGGGUGGUCACCCGGGUCAAUCUCAACGAGGAGCCCAGCGUGACCUUCAGGCUGGUCAUCAUCGCCUACGACGACGGGGACCCCGUGAAGCUGAACAGGACCGUUGUCGAAAUCACCGUUCUUCAGCCUUCUGUGAUCCCCAUAUUCACCCAGGAGGAGUACAGGUUUCCCCCCGUCAGCGAGAACGCCCCCGUGGGAAAGGUGGUGGGGGUCAUCCUGGCGGCCGCCGUGAACCAGACCAUCUUCUACUCCAUCGUGGGCGGGAACGACGAAGGGCACUUCGCGGUGAACAACGCCACGGGGGUCAUCGCCACCGCCAGGCGCCUGGACUACGAGAACAUCACCGAGUACGUGCUGCGGGUGCAGGCCGACUCCAUGGCGAUAGUGCUGUCCAACCUCCGCGUGCCGUCCAAAACAAACACGGCUAAGGUGUUCAUCGCCGUCCAGGAUGAGAACGACCAUCCUCCCGUUUUCACCCGGCAGCUGUACCUGGGCGGGGUGGCAGAGGACGCCAAGACCUUUUCCUCCGUGCUCCGGGUCCAUGCCACAGACAGGGACACGGGGAAUUACAGUGCGAUGCAGUACAGACUCAUCAUCCCCCCCUCCCCUGACGAUAGGGACGGGUUUGUCAUCGAGCAGUACACCGGGAUCAUCAAGACCGCCAUCGUGUACAGGAACAUGCGCCGCUCCUAUUUCAAAUUCGAAGUCGUCGCCACGGACAACUACGGGGCGGGCCUGACCAGCAGGGCGGACGUCGUGAUCUCGGUGGUGAAUCAGCUGGACAUGCAGGUGGUGGUGUCCAACGUCCCCCCCACCGUGGUGGAAGAGAACAAGGAGCAGCUGAUUGGGAUCCUGGAGCGGUACGUCCAGGACCAGAUCCCGGGGGCCAAAGUGGUGGUGGAGUCCAUCGGGGCCCGUCGCCACGGAGACGGGUUCGAGCUGGAGGACUACACCAAGUCGGACCUGAUGGUGUACGCCAUCGACCCCCUGACCAACCGGGCCAUAUCCCGACAGGAGCUCUUCAAGUUCCUGGACGGGAAGCUGCUGGACAUUAACAAGGAGUUCCAGCCGCACCUGGGGGAGGGGGGGCGCAUCCUGGAGAUCCGCUCCCCCGACAUCGUGGCGAGCGUGAAGAAGGCCGCGCAGGCGGUGGGCUACACAGAGGGGGCGCUGCUCGCGCUGGCCAUCAUCAUCAUCCUCCUCUGCAUCCCCGCCAUCCUCAUCGUCAUGGUUACCUACAAACAGUUCAAAGAGCGACAGGCGGAGUGCGCCAAAACCGCCAGGAUCCAGAUGGCGCUGCCGACGGGCAAAUCCGCCGGGGCCGCCCCCAGCAACCUGUACGAGGAGCUGGGCGACAACACCAUGCGGGGAUAUGGGAGGCAGGAGCAACACCAGCAGUUGCUGAGGCCCUCCCUCCUGAGACCAGAGGAGCUGUCUAUGGAGUCUGGCAUCGACCCUGGACAAGAGUAUUACACUCAGGACUACUAUAAUUAUGAUCAGGGGUAUGACCUGCCUCAAUAUGGGAGCCGCAGGAAGCUGAUCUCUCCCAUGUACGAUGAAUACGGAGAGGUAAUCAUGGAGGAUGAUGGGUAUUAUUAUAGUCCGCACGGCUCCGAGGUGCGCAGCAGAGGGCGGGGCCGACGACCGAUGCGAGGGAGGGGCCCGCCCAAGAGGGUGGGGUUUAGGGACCUGCCCCCUGAGGAGGAGAUAGAGGCGGAGCCAGAAGAGGCCGCCGCCGCCGCCCCCGCAGAGACCGGCGGCUCGAAGGCCGCGAAGAGGCUGAGGUCGGUGAUGAAGCUCAGCAAGCUGCUGGUGCCGUCCAAAGGCGCCGACCAAACCACCGACGCACCCGCGUCCGCUUCCCCGUGGAAGAAGGCCAAAAUAUUCCCCGCCAUGUUCAAGGUCAAGAAGGACAAGGACUACGCCAAGCUGACGUCCGCCAGGCGCGUCGACAGCCAGGACAGCCUGGCCGGGGGGCCCUCCCCGCCGGAGGGCGUGGUCUCGGAGAAGCCGUCGGCCAGGAAGCGGCUGGGCAAGGUGCUGAAGCGCAUCGAUAUCUCCAAGAGGCUGCGGGAGCGCCGGCGGUCCCAGAGCAGCGUCAGCCGGAGCUCGGCCGCCGAGAGCGAGAAGGACGAGGCCUCGUCGCGGGCCGCCAGCGAUUCGGAGCGGGAGGACAGGAAGUCCAAGGUCUCCAUCAGCGUGACGGGCGAGAGCGAGCCGGAGGCCAGCGGCUCGGAGGCCGGGGGGAAGGACCGCUCCGGCGACGAGUCCGCCUCGGCCUCCGGCGAGGACAAGGACUACCUGAAGGUGGACCUGGACCGGGACGACGCCAACGAGAGCACGGUGGACUCGGACGAAGAGCAGGAGGAGCCCGGCGAGGACUCUGAGGAGGAGAGCAAGUCCAAGUCCGAGAAAGACGAAGACGAAGACGAAGAUGAGUCCGGCUCGGAGAAAGAGUCGGUUUCGGAAAAAGAAUCGGCUACGGAAAAGGAGUCGGGAACUGAAAAGGAGUCUGGGACGGAGAAGGAGUCUGGUACCGAAGACGAGGAGUCCAAAACAGAGAAGGAAUCGGGUACAGAAGACGAGUCCGAAACUGAGAAGGAAUCAGGUACAGAGAAGGGAUCAGAUACAGAGAAGGAAUCAGAUACAGAGAAGGAAUCAGAUACAGAGAAGGAAUCAGAUACAGAGAAGGAAUCAGAUACAGAGAAGGGAUCAGCAACAGAGAAGGAAUCGGGCACAGAGAAAGAAUCAGCCACAGAGGAAGAGUCUGGAACAGAGAAAGAUUCUGAAGAGGAAGAUGAUGAAGACGAUGAGGAGAAAAGCACAGCGUCCGGGGUGACGGGCUCCGGUUCCCAGGUGUCCUCUUCCGCCCGUUCUUCCAUGAAGUCAUCAGGGACCGCCACCAGCAAGACAUCCUCGGACAAGUCCAGCGGCGAGACGACGGGAAGCGGGCGGGGCAGUGACGCCAGCGGCUCAGCCUCCGAGUCCGGCUCCCAGAGGUCGUCCGUCCGCUCCUCGGCAAGGUCGUCGCUGAGCGGGGCCAGCCGGGGGUCCUCGGAGCAAUCCGCCAAAGAGACGUCAGGCAGCGAGGGGGGCGUCAGCGCGGGGCGAAGCGGGAGCUCGGCGGAGGCCAGCGGGUCGGAAGACGGCGGGUCGGUGCGCAGCGGCGCCUCCAGCCGCCGGACGUCGGGCGGAAGCUCGCGGUCGGGAAGCGAGAGGAGCGCCCCGAGCUCCGGGUCCACGGGCGGGAGCCGCAGGUCCCGGAAGUCCAUCCUUUCCGGAGGAUCCGAAGACACGAUCGACGAGGAGAGCGAGGAGGAGGUGUCGGACGGCGGAGAGUCGAAGCGGUCCGAGGAGGAGGAGGAGGCCAGCGAAGCGGCGAUGUCCAGGAGGUCCAGCGUCUCGACCGUGAAGAGCAGAGGGAGCGACGUUGGCUCGCACGCGGGAAUGCCGUACGGCUCGCACGCGGGAACGCCGUACGGCUCGCACGCGGGAACGCCGUACGGCACGGACGCGAGCAGCAGCAGCGCAGCCGAGAGCUCCGACGAGUUUCACGGACUUUCUCCGAUAACUGAAGUCGACGAGGACGGAAUAACGUCCGGAAAAACGUCCAUUCGGAGCGGCAGGUCUUCCCGAAGUCUGGCCUCGGAGGACAGCGGCCACAGCGAGGCGUCCGCCGCUCACAGUGGCUCCGCGACUGGGAGCAACGCUGAGGAUGAGGAUGACGAAGAUGAGUCGGACAUCGGGGGAGACGGCACCUCUUUUUAGAUGACGUGCAGGCCAGUCAAUACGGACGGAACAAGAGGAUCAAACUUGUGGUGGACCGGGAGCACGAGACCAGCUCCACGGGGGAGGACAGCGCCCCCGAGUCCCAGAGAAACCGCCUGUCCAACCUGAGCGGUCACAGCAACGUGAACGGGACCGUCUAC